AUGAAGCCUGAGCGUUUCUCUGCAUCAUCAUUUCUGAAAGUUAUCAAUAUUCUUCACUUGCAUUAUCUCCUUACUCUUUUCUCUCUCUUUCUCGUCGUUGCCUCUGGUUUACUCAUCGGAAUCGCUCUCUCUUUGCACCUCAAAGACCUCUCUCUCAACUUUCAAAUCCAACAGUUCUUUACCCCAUCCAUUGGAUUAAAACAAUUGUCACCGUACUCGCCUCCAAAUCCAACAGUCUCGACCAUCAUUAAUAUUUCUUCCUCAAAUCGGACAAAGACAGAACCUUUGACGACGUCGUUAGAUGUUCAUGAUCGUCAGAAUCAGACAAAAACAGUAACCUUAACCCGAAAAGGUCUGAAAGAUUUCUUGAAACCUCCGGAGGCAAUGCAUGGUAUGAGCGAAGAAGAGCUGUUUUGGAGAGCUUCUGUGGCUCCAAUGGUUGAGGAAGCUCCAUUCGAUCAGACACCAAAAGUUGCAUUCAUGUUUCUGACGAAAGGUCCUCUUGCGAUGGCUCCUUUUUGGGAGAAAUUCUUCAAAGGAGUCGAUAAAGACUUGUAUUCUAUAUAUGUACAUUACCCUCCAUCUUUCAAUCAAACACUUCCAGAAACUUCAGUCUUCCAUGGCCGGGCAAUACCAAGCAAGAUAGUGAGGUGGGGCGAUAUGAACAUGAUAGAGGCAGAGAGACGCCUACUGGCCAAGGCACUGCUGGACUUCUCAAACCAAAGAUUCGUUCUCCUCUCAGAAUCAUGCAUUCCACUGUUCAACUUCUCCACCAUCUACAACUACCUUGUCAACUCCUCAGAAAACUUCGUGGAAGCCUACGACAUGCCAGGUCCUGUCGGCCGUGGACGCUACCGUCCCAAGAUGAAGCCGCAAAUCAAGUUAAGCCAAUGGAGGAAGGGCUCUCAGUGGUUCCAAAUAGAGCGAGCCCUAGCCCUCGAGAUAGUCUCAGACCAGACAUACUUCCCAGUGUUCAAGAAGCACUGUAAGGGCUCCUGUUAUGGUGAUGAACACUACCUGCCUACGUUGGUGAGCAUCAUGUUCUGGGAGAACAACUCCAACAGGACACUGACCUGGGUUGACUGGUCAAAGGGUGGGCCCCACCCUGCGAGGUUUACGAGGAUGGAUAUAACAAACGAGUUCUUGGAGAGGAUGAGACAUGGGAGUGUUUGUGAGUAUAAUGGGAAGAAGACGGAUGUGUGCCAUUUGUUUGCGAGGAAAUUUACGCCUCACGCUUUGGAUAGAUUACUUAGGUUUGCUCCCAAGUUGAUGCAAUUCGCUUGA